AUAAAAAUAAAAAGAAGGAAAAGAAAACCCUAGCCUCGAUCUUCUUCUUCUCCCCCUCCUUUUGUUCGUGGUUCAAGCCGUCCCCCUCAGCCACUCCCUCCGGCAGCCGGCGCUCCUCCAGUAGCACACGAACGGUGGCGCGACCCGCGUCGGCGUUCCUUGUUCAGCAGCGAGCGACCCCUUUUACUUGAGGUAAUCCGAGAGGACUUUCAGAAGAUUACAAAUGAGAUAAAUAUUACACAUUUCACCCUUUCAUGGAAUCGGAAAAGCUCGUAAUUUCACGAGGAAACCCUAGAACUUCACCAUAUCCAUCCGACCGCGCACUCCCCACCACCAGCGGCAGGGCUAUGCCCAAUGAGUUGCCACAAAAGCCUCCCCCUUCAAUUGCUCACCGUUUCAGAGCUCUGCUAAAGCAGCGGGAUGACGAAUUCAGGGUUUCUGCCCACGAUGCUGCGACCCCUCCUUCAACUGAGGAUAUUGUGCAGUUGUACGAGCUCAUGUUGUCGGAGCUCACCUUUAAUUCAAAGCCCAUCAUCACGGAUCUCACUGUUCUUGCUGACGAGCAGAGAGAACAUGGGAAGGGCAUUGCCGACUUAAUUUGUGAGCGUAUUCUCGAGGUUCCGGUUGACCAAAAACUUCCUUCAUUAUAUCUAUUGGAUAGUAUUGUUAAGAAUGUUGGGCACGAAUACAUUAGUUAUUUCUCGUCUCGUUUACCUCAGGUGUUUUGCGAGGCUUACAGGCAAGUUCAUCCUAAUCUGCACAAUGCAUUGCGUCACCUCUUUGGGACAUGGUCAACUGUGUUUCCACCAUCUAUCCUUCGGAAUAUUGAAGCUCAAUUACAACUUUCUCAGCUAACAACACAAGAGUCCUCAGGUUUGACAUCCUCAAGGUCCUCUGAAUCUCCUCGGCCAACUCAUGGUAUUCAUGUUAAUCCAAAAUACUUGCGUCAACUGGAACACUCCGUGGUGGAUAAACUUUUAGCUCUACAGCAUAUUCAAGAUGCAAGAGGGACUUCAGCUCUAAAAGUUCAUGAUAAAAAACUUGCUCCUGGAUAUGAAGAGUAUGACUAUGAUGGGACUCAAGCAUUUAGUUCAAUCGGAAGCAUGGGUCAUGAUUCUUUUGCUGUUGGAACGAAUAAAGCAAAUAUGAAGCUAGAAAAAUCUUCUUUGUCUUCAAGAAUUGGACACAACAGGUCUCUACAAUCUGUUGGUGACGAACUUGAAGCAGUUAGAGCCUCACCAUCACAGAAUGUCUAUGAUUAUGAAGCUUCUAGAAUGAUUGAUAGAAGUGAAGAUACAAAUAAAUGGAGAAGAAAACAGUAUCCUGACGAUCAUUUGAAUGGACUUGAAAGUACUUAUUCGUAUAAUAUUAGAAAUGGACAUGCACUUGAGGGACCAAGAGCUUUAAUUGAAGCAUACGGGAGCGAUAAAGGAAAAGGUUAUUUAAAUGACAAUCCGCCACAGGUUGAACAUUUUUCUAUUAAUGGUAUAGACAACAAGGUGACUCCAGUGACUUGGCAGAACACCGAAGAAGAAGAGUUUGAUUGGGAAGAUAUGAGCCCCACAUUAGCUGACAGAGGCAGAAGUAAUGAUAUUUUGAAACCACCUGUCCCACCUUCAAGAUUUAGGCCAAGAUUAGGAUUUGAUAAAUCAAAUGCUACGUCUGUAGAGCCUGGAAUGAGAAGCAGUUGGUCUAGUCAGGUUCAGCUACCAACUUCUCUUGAUUCCUCCAUUGUUACUGAAGAUGUGGUCCCAUCAGCAUCUGAUAUUUGGAAUAUGCAGAACCCCAUGAAUGCUAAAGGCAUAGGAACGAAUUUUCAGAUGCCUUUGUCUAGGAGAGGCAUAGCUUCAUCUGGUGAGAAAGUGUCUCCUUUUGUUGAUAAACUUCCGACCAAUGAUGCUUUACAUAGGCCCCCAACCAUUGUUUCAAGAUUGGGUCCUUCUGGUCCUGACUCUAGCAUGGAGUCACAAUCAGCUGUACAAUCUAUGGGCCCAAGGCAUCCCGUGAACGUUCCUAACUCUUGCCCACCGUCUAGGCCUCCAAUGUUUCCAGUACCGAGACACAAUGCGAGUCAGUUUGAUUCUUUAAGUGGUAGCAAUUCUUUCAUCCAUCGUGCAAAUAGGUCACCUUUUUUGCCUGAGCAGCAGAUGAAUAAUUUGAGGAACAAGGAGCCAAGUCUAACAACUAAGUUGCCACAAGUUGGAAAUCACCACACUGGGUGUAUUCCUUUGACUAAGGGAAACCAAUUGCAGGCCAUCCAUUUAAAACCACAAUUUCUUCCAUCUCAGGAUAUGCAGGAUAAUUUCAGUGCAUCAGUAGUACCUCCAGCAUUACCACAUUUAAUGGCACCAUCCUUGAGUCAAGGAUACAGUUCGCAGGGACAUCGUCCUGCUAAUAGUGAGUGUUUGUCAAGUUCUGCCCCUAUUGGACAAUGGAACUUACCAGUUCAUAACAGUCUCAGUAAUCCUUUGCAUGUACUAGGGGGUACACUGCCACCUCUACCUCCCGGGCCUCAUCCUACUUCUGUUCAAACGAUGCCUGUCUCUCAAAAUGCAGGAUGCCUUAUUCCUGGUCAGCAACCUGGAACUGCAUUUUCUGGUCUGAUAAGUUCUCUCAUGGCCCAGGGUUUAAUCUCUUUGAACAAUCAACCUUCUGUACAGGAUUCUAUUGGGUUAGAGUUCAAUCCAGAUGUUCUCAAGGUGCGACAUGAAUCUGUAAUAGCUGCCCUAUAUGGUGAUCUCCCAAGACAAUGCAUGACCUGUGGCCUUCGAUUCAAGUCCCAGGAAGAACAUAGUAAUCAUAUGGAUUGGCAUGUCACUAAGAAUCGUAUGUCAAAAAGUAGGAAGCAAAAGACUUCUUGUAAGUGGUAUGUAAGUAAAAGCAUGUGGUUUAGCGGUGCAGAGGCUUUAGGAAAUGGGGCAGUUCCGGGAUUUUUGCCUGCUGAGGUUAUUGUAGAGGAAAAGGACGAUGAAGAACUGGCUGUUCCUGCUGAUGAGGAUCAGAAUGCAUGUGCAUUAUGUGGAGAACCUUUUGAUGAUUUUUACAGUGAUGAAACAGAGGAAUGGAUGUAUAGGGGUGCCGUCUACAUGAAUGCACCUGAUGGACAAACAGCCGGCAUGGAUAGAUCUCAAUUAGGGCCCAUAGUGCAUGCCAAAUGUAGGUCUGAAUCUAAUGUGGUUUCCUCUGAAAAGUUUGACCAAGAUGAUCAAGGGGGAGUUAGUGAAGAGGGUAAUCGAAGAAAACGAUUGCGGAGCUAGCCUAGAUGGAUUACUAUACUCUCGCUGUAGCAUAUACAAGUUUUUUUUUUCCAUGAUCACUUGUUCUCACAGUAGCGUAGCUAGAAUUACUCGGCUUAUGCUUGAAUCAUUGUAUAUUCUAAAAUGGAAAUUUUCAUGUGCAGUAUAUUGCAAUCUAAAAGCAAACCCUCAUCUUCUUUGUUUUGAAAUUUCCUGAAAGCUUUAGAACGGAAUCCUUAUCUAACAAGGGUUAGUAAUUGUAGGUUUGAAAGAAAUGCUUUUAGAAAGAAUGGAUUCAAGGAUCA